AUGGGAUUGGAAUUCGAAGCCCUUCGUGAAUCGGACGAAAAUGGCCGUCAAGCCCUCGCCGAUGAAACGUCCGAUCCCACAGCUGCAACAGAUACUUCCGCCGAGAAGAAACGCGCGGGGGUGAGCGCAGCCAACGACGAGGCGUUAGAGCCAGGCGAUGAAAAGAAGUUAGCAGAGAGCAAGGAAGCGGCGAAGGAAGAGGACGUACCGCCGGUGUAUUAUUGGCAGCUGUUCAAGUUUGCGGAUAAAUGGGACAUUCUGCUCAUGAUCGUGGGAUCCGUGAGCGCCGUCGGGCUCGGCAUGGCCAUGCCCAUGAUCUCGCUGCUCUUCGGCGAGCUAACGAACGCAUUCGGACAGAACUCCACCGACGUCAAUAAGCUCAUGGACGCCGUCACCAGUGUCGCGCUCAAGUUCCUUUACUUGGCCAUUGGAGCCGCCGCGGCCGCAUAUCUCGAGAUGGCGUGUUGGAUGACGACGGGCGAGCGGCAGGCGGCGCGUGUGCGGCGGCGGUACCUGGCGGCGGUGCUGCGGCAGGACAUGGCGUACUUCGACCGGCGCCUCAGCACGGGCGAGGUCAUCGGGCACAUGUCGGGCGACAUCGUGCUCGUGCAGGACGCCAUGGGGGAAAAGGUGGGCAUAUUCCUGCGGUUUAUGGCGCAGUUCGUGGGCGGGUUCGUGGUGGCGUUCAUCGCGGGCUGGCAGCUGACGCUCGUGAUGCUCGCCGUGCUGCCGCUGCUGGCCGCGGCAGGCGCCGCCUUGACGGUGAUCGUGAGCAAGUCGUCCAACAAGGGCCAGGAGGCGUAUGCUGCUGCGGGGACCAUUGUGGAGGAGUGUGUCUCCGCCAUCCGCACUGUGGUGGCAUUCACGGGCGAGCACAGGGCAGUGCAGCAGUACACAGUGAAGCUCAACAAGGCGUUCCGAGAGGGCAUGAAGCAGAGCGUUGGCGCAGCGGCGGGUAUCGGGUUCACGGUGCUCAUCAUGUUCUCCUCGUACGCGCUCGCGCUGUGGUACGGGUCCAAGCUCAUUGCCGACGCCAGCUACACCGGUGGAGACGUCUUCACGGUUCUCUUCGGCGUGCUCAUUGGCGGCAUGUUUCUCAGCUCCUGCCCGUUAUCCCCCACCCCACUCCUCUCCUCUCCUCUCCUCUCCUCUCCUCUCCUCUCCUCUGACCCCCGCAGGUCGCUGGGGCAAGCAGCCCCCAACGUGUCAGCCUUCGCCUCAGGGCAGGCGGCAGCGGGGAAGAUCUUUGAGGUAUUGGAGCGACAGCCGGUGAUAGACAGCGGCAGCGCAGAGGGGGAGCGCCCAGCAACGUGCGAGGGGGCGCUGGAGCUGCGCGAGGUGACGUUUGCGUACCCGUCGCGCCCAGACGUGCCCAUCUUUCAGAGCUUCAGCCUGCAGGUGCCGGCGGGGCGGACGAUGGCGCUGGUGGGGGAGAGUGGCAGCGGCAAGUCGACGGUGGUGGCGCUGGUGGAGCGAUUCUACGACCCGCAGAGCGGAGCCGUGCUGCUGGACGGCCGCAGCAUCGCCGCUCUCAACCUGCGCUGGCUGCGCCAACGCAUGGGCCUCGUCAGCCAGGAGCCAGCGCUCUUCGGCACGAGCAUCCGCCAGAACAUCGCUUAUGGCAAGGACGGCGCCACCGACCAGGAGAUUCAAGAGGCCGCACGCCUCGCCAACAUCCACCAAUUCAUCUCCUCGCUGCCUAACGUGCGCCCUCUCGCUCCCUCCCUCCCUCUUGCACGCUUUUACAACCCGUUAUCGCCCUCUAUCUCUCUCCGUUUCACCCCAUAUGCACUCUCUUUCGCUUGUCCCGGCUACGAGACGCAGGUGGGGGAGAGGGGAACGCAGCUGUCGGGGGGGCAGAAGCAGCGGGUGGCGAUCGCGAGGGCGAUUCUGCGGAAUCCGCGGGUGCUGCUGCUGGACGAGGCGACGUCCGCAUUGGACGCGGAGAGCGAGAAGCUGGUACAAGCGGCGCUCGAUGCGCUCAUGGGCGCGCGCACCACGCUCGUCGUGGCCCACCGCCUGUCCACCGUGCGCCGCGCGCACUGCAUCGCCGUGCUGCAGCGGGGGCAGGUCGUGCAGACCGGCACCCAUGCUGCGCUGCUCGCCCAGCCUGAAGGCGCCUACGCCCAACUCGUGCGCCUGCAGCAGCUGGCGGAUCCGGGCCAUGGGGAGGGGGAGGAAGGAGGAGAUGAGAAGGGAGAGGCGGUUGUGAAUGGGGAGGGGAAGGAGGGUGUAACUUCGAGCGCUUUGCAAACAGUUGCGGAGAAUGGGAAGGCAGCGGGAGCAAGGGUGGCCCCGGUUGAGGGUGCUAGUACUGUUGAUGGGGACGGUGUUGGUGGUUUGAAGAUGGCGGGAGGGGACGAGGAGGAUGGGUUGAUGAGCGAGGGGAGAGAUGUGGAGAGUGGUGCGGGGGAGAAGCAGGGUGAGAAGGCAGGCAGUGGGGGCUUUUUCAGCUCACUGCUGCGGAAGCGCAAAGGAGGGAAGGGCGAAGGGAAGGCUGGGAAGGGAGGAAAGGAAGGGGAGGGAGGGGACGGUGAGGAGGAGGAGGAGAAGAAGAAAGUGGCAUUCAAGGACACGCCAAUGGCUCGUCUGGCCAUGCUGAACAAGCCCGAGUGGCCAUAUGCCAUCCUCGGAUCCAUCGCAGCAGCCGCUCACGGCGUGAUCAUGCCCUUCUUCGCGCUCAUCCUCUCCAACAUCAUCACCACCUUCUACAACCCAGACAUCUCCCAGAUGCGCAGCGACGCGAAUUUCUGGGCGGGCAUGUUUGUGGUGCUGGGAGCGAGCGCGUGCGCGGCUAUCGCGUGCCAGACGGUGCUGUUCGGUGUGGUGGGGUACUCGCUGAUCAGGCGCGUGCGCGCGCUCUGCUUCUCGUCUGUGCUGCGGCAGGAGAUAGGGUGGUUUGACAUGGAUGAGAACUCCAGCGGUGCCAUCGGUGCGCGCCUCUCAACGGACGCGGCGCAGGUGCGGGGAAUGGUGGGCGAUCAGAUGGCGCUGAUGGUGCAGAACCUAGCAACGGUCAUCCUGGGCCUCGUGCUGGCGUUCCGAGCCAACUGGCAGCUGUCGCUCGUGAUUCUCGCCAUCGUGCCGCUGCUGGCUAUCACUGGCGCUGCUCAGAUGCAGUCGCUGAAAGGGUUCUCUGAAGACGCCAAGGUCAAGUUUGAGGAGGCGUCGCGGGUGGCGAACGACGCGGUGGGUGCGAUGCGCACGGUGGCGGCGUUUGGAGCGGAGCAGCGCGUGCAGGAGCUGUACAACGAGCGCUGCAGCACGCCCAUCCGGGCCGGCAUCCGCAAGGCCCACGUCAGCGGCAUCGGCAUGGCCGUGGCUCAGUUCUCUAUCUUUGGCGUCUACUCCCUCGCCUUCUGGUUCGGAGGGAAGCUCGUACAGCAGGGGAAAACCACGUUUCAAGACGUUUUCCAGGUCUUCUUUGCAAUCGUGUUCACAGCAACAGGCAUCGCCCAGGCAGCAGCACUGGCCCCAGAUAUGCCCACGGUGCAGGCAGCAGUGAACUCCAUUUUCCGCAUUUUGGACCGCCAGUCAAAGAUCGACCUGGAGGCGGGAGGGGAGGAGCCGGAGGAGGUGCUGGGCGAGGUGCAGUUCCAGGCCGUGUGCUUCGCGUACCCGGCUCGCCCCAACAUCCCCAUUCUUGUCGAUUUCAACCUGACUGUGCCGUCUGGUCAGACGGUGGCGCUGGUGGGGGAGAGUGGCAGCGGCAAGUCGACGGUGGUGGCGCUGGUGGAGCGCUUCUACGACCCGCAGAGCGGAGCCGUGCUGCUGGACGGCCGCAGCAUCGCCGCUCUCAACCUGCGCUGGCUGCGCCAACACAUGGGGCUCGUCAGCCAGGAGCCAGCGCUCUUCAACAUCUCCAUCCGCGACAACAUCGCCUACGGCCGCGCCGGCAGCGGCGGCGCCAGCGGGGGGGAGAUCAGCGAGGCGGAGAUUCUGGAGGCGGCGCGGGCGGCGAAUGUGCACGGGUUCAUAUCGGGGCUGCCGCAGGGGUACGCCACGCUGGUGGGGGAGCGAGGCGUGCAGAUCUCCGGCGGGCAGAAGCAGCGCAUCGCCAUCGCUCGCGCCAUCAUUGGUGACCCGCGCCUGCUGCUGCUGGAUGAGGCCACGUCAGCUCUGGAUGCGGAGAGUGAGAAGGUGGUGCAGACAGCACUGGAAAAGGUAAUGAAGAAUCGCACCACCAUAGUCGUUGCCCAUAGGUUGUCUACGAUCAAGGAUGCGGAUUGUAUUGUGGUGAUGCAGAAGGGAGUGGUGGUGGAGCAGGGGAAGCAUGAUGAGCUGAUGGCUGGUGGAGGGGUGUACUCCAGUCUUGUUUCGAUAAAGUAG